CCCUUCCUUCCUGCUCCCUUCCUGGCGGCGGGGGGGGUCUCCCAGCCUCGGUGGAGGCGGCGAAGCGUGAUGGGGAUGGCCGGACUCUUCUCUCUCCUCCGCCCCGCGCUGCGCUGCUUCCCCAGCCCCGCCGCUUUCCCCAGCUGCUGACAGCGCCGGCGGCCCCGCACUGUCCGCGUCCUGCGGAUACUCCCCGCCCGUCCCCAGAAAACACCAACAAGAAGGAUAACUUGAAACACUCUUGACCCCUUCACUUUCAUUUUCUUGACUGCACUACAAGCAACCAGAAUGUCGGGGGCUUCAGUGAAGGUGGCUGUUCGGGUCCGGCCCUUCAAUUCCCGAGAAACCAGCAAAGAAUCCAAAUGUAUCAUCCAAAUGCAAGGCAAUUCAACCAGUAUUAUCAACCCAAAGAAUCCUAAGGAAGCACCAAAGUCCUUCAGCUUUGACUACUCUUAUUGGUCCCACACAUCGCCUGAAGAUCCCUGCUUUGCAUCUCAGAGCCGAGUGUACAAUGAUAUUGGGAAGGAAAUGUUACUGCAUGCCUUUGAGGGCUACAACGUAUGCAUUUUUGCCUAUGGACAAACUGGAGCUGGGAAAUCCUACACAAUGAUGGGCAAGCAGGAGGAGAGCCAAGCAGGCAUAAUCCCCCAGCUAUGUGAAGAACUGUUUGAGAAAAUCAAUGACAACAGCAAUGAAGAAAUGUCAUAUUCUGUAGAGGUGAGUUACAUGGAGAUUUACUGUGAGAGAGUCAGAGAUCUGUUGAACCCGAAGAACAAAGGGAAUUUGCGGGUGCGAGAACAUCCUCUGCUUGGACCAUAUGUGGAAGAUCUGUCCAAGUUAGCAGUCACAUCUUAUACAGACAUUGCAGACCUCAUGGAUGCUGGGAACAAAGCCAGAACUGUGGCGGCUACCAACAUGAAUGAAACCAGCAGCCGCUCUCAUGCUGUGUUUACAAUUGUCUUUACUCAGAAGAAACAUGACACAGAAACUGAUCUUUGCACAGAGAAGGUCAGCAAGAUUAGCCUUGUGGAUCUAGCUGGGAGUGAGCGAGCUGAUUCAACUGGUGCCAAAGGAACCCGAUUAAAGGAAGGAGCAAAUAUAAACAAGUCUCUCACAACUCUGGGCAAAGUUAUUUCAGCAUUGGCCGAAGUGGAUAACUGCACCAACAAGAGUAAAAAAAAGAAGAAGACAGACUUUAUACCGUACAGGGAUUCUGUACUAACAUGGCUUCUUCGAGAAAAUCUAGGCGGUAACUCAAGAACUGCGAUGGUUGCUGCUUUGAGUCCCGCAGACAUAAACUACGAUGAAACUUUGAGCACUUUAAGAUAUGCUGAUCGUGCAAAACAGAUUAAAUGCAAUGCUGUUAUCAAUGAAGAUCCCAAUGCCAAGCUGGUGCGUGAGCUGAAGGAGGAGGUGACAAGGCUUAAGGAUCUCCUGCGUGCCCAAGGGCUGGGAGAUAUUAUUGACAUUGAUCCAAUGGGAGAUGAAUACUCUGGAAGUGGAGGCAAAUAUUUGAAAGAUUUUCAGAACAAUAAACAUAGAUACUUGCUAGCCUCCGAGAAUCAACGUCCUGGCAAUUUUUCCACAGCCUCCAUGGGGUCCCUCACUGCAUCUCCAUCCUCCUGCUCUCUCAGUAGUCAGGUGGGCUUAACAUCUGUGUCCAGUAUACAGGAAAGAAUCAUGUCAACACCUGGAGGAGAAGAGGCAAUUGAACGUUUGAAGGAAUCUGAGAAGAUCAUUGCAGAGCUGAAUGAAACAUGGGAAGAGAAGCUGAGGAAAACUGAGGCCAUUAGGAUGGAAAGGGAGGCAUUGUUGGCAGAAAUGGGAGUUGCCAUUCGGGAAGAUGGAGGGACGCUGGGAGUCUUCUCACCUAAAAAGACUCCUCAUCUUGUAAACCUUAAUGAAGAUCCACUCAUGUCUGAAUGUCUGCUUUACUACAUCAAAGAUGGUAUUACUAGGGUUGGCCAGGCUGAUGCUGAGCGAAGGCAAGACAUUGUAUUGAGUGGGGCUCAUAUCAAAGAAGAACACUGUAUCUUUCGAAGUGAGAGGAACAACAAUGGUGAAGUUAUUGUUACUUUGGAGCCUUGUGAACGAUCAGAAACCUAUGUUAAUGGCAAGAGGGUUGUGCAGCCCGUGCAGUUGCGCUCAGGAAAUCGUAUCAUCAUGGGUAAAAAUCAUGUCUUCAGAUUCAACCAUCCAGAGCAAGCACGAGCAGAAAGAGAGAAAACACCGUCAGCUGAGACUCCCUCUGAGCCAGUUGACUGGACGUUUGCUCAGAGGGAGCUUCUGGAGAAGCAGGGCAUUGACAUGAAGCAGGAGAUGGAGAAAAGAUUACAAGAAAUGGAGAUCUUGUAUAAGAAAGAGAAGGAGGAAGCUGAUCUCUUGUUGGAGCAGCAAAGGCUGGACUAUGAGAGUAAGCUGCAGGCCUUACAGAAGCAGGUAGAGACACGAUCCUUGGCAGCUGAAACAACAGAGGAGGAAGAAGAAGAGGAAGAAGUGCCCUGGACACGACAUGAGUAUGAACUUGCACAAUGGGCUUUCAGGAAGUGGAAGUUUCACCAGUUUACUUCACUGAGGGACCAACUCUGGGGAAAUGCAGUGUAUCUGAAAGAAGCCAAUGCAAUCAGUGUGGAGUUAAAGAAAAAGGUACAGUUUCAAUUUGUCCUGCUGACAGACACCCUCUACUCACCACUGCCACCAGAGCUUUUGCCCACUGAGUUGGAGAAGACCCGGGACAAUAGGCCUUUCCCCCGUACAGUGGUAGCUGUGGAAGUCCAGGAUCUGAAGAAUGGAGCAACGCAUUACUGGUCCUUAGAAAAACUCAAGCAGAGGUUGGACCUGAUGCGCGAGAUGUAUGACAGAGCUGGGGAAAUGGCAUCUAAUACACAGGAUGAGAGUGAAAGCGCAAUGACAGGCAGUGACCCCUUUUAUGAUCGCUUUCAUUGGUUCAAGCUUGUUGGAAGCUCCCCCAUAUUCCAUGGCUGCGUGAAUGAGCGUCUUGCUGAUCGCACGCCCUCCCCCACUUUCUCCACGGCUGACUCUGACAUCACUGAACUGGCUGAUGAACAGCAAGAUGAGAUGGAGGACUUUGAUGAUGAGGCCUUUGUGGAUGAUACUGGCUCCGACGCUGGAACUGAGGAGGGAUCAGACCUCUUCAAUGAUGGGCGCGACCCGUUUUACGACCGAUCCCCUUGGUUCAUUUUAGUGGGAAGAGCAUUUGUAUACCUGAGCAAUCUACUGUACCCAGUGCCUCUUAUUCACAGAGUAGCUGUUGUUAGUGAGAAAGGAGAAGUACGAGGAUUUCUGCGAGUAGCAGUGCAAGCUAUAGCAGCUGAUGAAGAAGCCCCAGAUUAUGGAUCUGGUAUUCGACAGUCUGGCACAGCUAAAAUUUCAUUUGACAAUGAAUACUUUGAUAAGGGUGAUUUUUCUUCAGUUGCGAUGACUCGGUCUGGACUGUCAUUGGAAGAAUUAAGAAUUGUGGAAGGGCAAGGACAGAAUUCAGAGGUUACCACUCCUCCAGAGGAGAUCAACAGAAUGAAUGAGCUAGACUUGAAGUCAGCCACUUUGGAUGGAAAGAUGACUAUGGAAGGAUUCACUGAGGAAAUUGGUGAUCACUUGAAACUGGGUAGUGUGUUUACCUUCCGUGUGACGGUGCUACAGGCCAGCGGCAUCCUUCCUGAAUAUGCAGAUAUUUUCUGCCAGUUCAAUUUUUUACAUCGGCAUGAUGAAGCUUUCUCAACAGAACCUCUCAAAAACAAUGGUCGAGGGACUCCCCUUGGGUUUUAUCAUGUUCAGAACAUUGCUGUGGAAGUGACGGAAUCAUUUGUGGAUUACAUCAAAACAAAGCCUAUUGUGUUUGAAGUCUUUGGACAUUAUCAGCAGCAUCCUCUCCAUCUGCAAGGACAGGAUCUCAGCAGCCCUCCACAACCUUCCCGAAGAUUCUUUCCUCCCCCUAUGCCACUCUCAAAGCCAGUGCCAGCUACAAAGCUAAAUACUAUGAGCAAACCCAGCUUGGGCCAGAGUGUGAGCAAAUAUGACCUCCUUGUGUGGUUUGAGAUCAGUGAAUUGGAGCCAACAGGGGAGUAUAUUCCUGCUAUUGUGGACCACACUGGAGGCCUGCCCUGUCAGGGGACGUUCCUGCUUCACCAGGGAAUCCAGCGUAGAAUCACAGUCACCAUUAUCCAUGAGAAGGGCAGUGAGUUGCACUGGAAAGAUGUGCGAGAGCUGGUUGUUGGGCGUAUAAGAAAUAAAGCAGAGGUAGAUGAAGCUGCUGUGGAUGCUAUUCUGUCUUUGAAUAUUAUCUCUGCAAAAUACCUGAAGUCCUCUCACAGCUCCAAUAGGACUUUCUAUCGGUUUGAAGCAGUUUGGGAUAGCUCCUUGCAUAACUCCCUUCUCCUCAAUCGAGUGACACCAUAUGGAGAGAAGAUAUAUAUGACCCUUUCUGCUUACCUGGAGCUUGACCACUGCAUCCAGCCUGCUGUUAUAACGAAGGAUGUUUGUAUGGUCUUUUACUCACGAGAUGCCAAGAUCUCCCCACCACGAUCACUACGCAGUCUCUUUGGCAGUGGCUAUUCCAAAUCUCCAGAUUCCAAUCGAGUAACCGGGAUCUAUGAACUAAGUUUAUGCAAAAUGGCAGACACAGGAAGUCCAGGAAUGCAGAGGAGGAGGAGGAAAGUCCUGGAUACAUCUGUGGCAUAUGUGCGAGGAGAAGAGAACCUGGCAGGUUGGAGGCCCAGGGGUGACAGCCUCAUUCUAGAGCAUCAGUGGGAACUGGAGAAACUGGAGCUGCUGCAUGAGGUGGAAAAAACCCGACAUUUCCUUCUGCUUCGUGAAAAGCUUGGUGACAGCAUCCCUAAGUCCCUGAGUGACUCAUUGUCUCCCAGUCUGAGCAGUGGAACCCUCAGUACCUCCACCAGCAUUUCCUCACAGAUUUCAACUACAACAUUUGAGAGUGCUGUGACGCCCAGUGAGAGCAGUGGCUAUGACUCAGCAGAUAUAGAGAGCCUGGUGGAUCGGGAGAAAGAGCUGGCCACCAAGUGUCUGCAGCUUCUUACUCACACUUUCAAUCGGGAAUUUAACCAGGUGUACAACAGCAUCAGUGAUUGUAAGUUGUCGGAUAUUUCUCCAAUUGGGCGGGACCCAUCAGUGUCGAGUUUCAGCAGUGCUACCCUCACACCUUCAUCUACCUGCCCUUCUCUGGUGGAUUCAAGAUGCAAUUCAAUUGAUCAGAAGACACCAGAAGCAAAUUCUCGUGCCUCCAGUCCCUGUCAUGAGGUGGAACAAUUCCAGCUAAUUCCUACAGUAGAAACUUCCUAUCUUGCCAGAGCUGGAAAGAAUGAAUUCCUAAACCUCGUCCCUGAUAUUGAGGAAAUCAGACCAGGCUCUGUGGUCUCAAAGAAAGGAUACCUCCACUUCAAGGAGCCACUCUCCAGCUCCUGGGCCAAGCACUUUGUGGUGGUUCGCCGUCCCUAUGUUUUUAUUUACAACAGUGACAAAGAUCCUGUAGAAAGAGGAAUCAUAAACUUAUCCACAGCUCAGGUGGAAUACAGUGAGGAUCAACAGGCAAUGGUAAAGACACCCAACACGUUUGGUGUAUGCACAAAGCAUCGUGGGGUCCUGCUCCAGGCCAUCAAUGACAAAGACAUGAAUGACUGGUUAUAUGCCUUCAAUCCACUUCUUGCUGGCACAAUACGGUCAAAACUGGCUCGAAGACGCACGGGUCAGCUGAAGUACUGAGUCCAUGUAAUGUUCUCAUCUGUUCUCCCUAACUCACCUUCUGAUAGAUAAAGUGUUACCUCUCAUUUUCUCUUUGUGAUUCUUGACAGUUUCUCUUGUAUGUAAUCCUGUGGCUUAACGUCUCCUACCUUCCCAACCCCUUCAGCACAUUUUCUAGGUAUUCUAACCCUACCUUGUUUCUUUUCAACUUGUACUAAGAAGCGUACUAGUAGCAUGUGGCCAAACAAAAAGAGAAAGGAAAAAAAAAAAUCAAAAAAAUUGAGUGAUUAUGCACGACUCUAAAAAGGCAAAAAAAAAAGUUAUUUAUUUUUUCUUACAACAGUUGUUUUCCCAUUCCAGCGACCUUUUGGUGUCUGUCUCACUGUCCAUUGUUGUCUGUCUAGACUGCUGCAGGUUUUUCAUUCAAUUUGUGACUUGGCAGUAGUCAUUGGUUCCCUCAGGACAAAGUUCUAAUGCCAGGGAAAGAUAAAUUCUUCUAUGUAGACAUUACCCAGCCAGGAACUGCAAUAGCUCCUCAGGCUCUCUGGAUCCAGCCUCUAAUUUAAACUCUGUUGAAAGCGGAUAUUGGACAAAACUAUCUGGGCAGACUGAAUUUUGGACUUGGUGCAAGUUUUUGAGUUUCCAGGGUCCAACAGGCUAAGGCAUGAGCUGGAAAAAGAUAGGGAACAAACCAAGAGGGGCUGGCUAGAGUUAUCUGCCUUUAAACUCUUGCUGUGGGGUUGCAGGUGAACAGUGCUUGUCUUUAACUCUUUCCCAUAACAUUAACACUCACUCCUCUGCCUCUGAACUGAGCUGAGGAGAUGGAACUUGUGCUGAUGUGAGGAAAAAUAAACCACAUCGCUGAAAUAUUAGAUAUAAUCCCUAAAGUUUUGGACGCUCAGCCCCAUAUUUGACAGAUGGAGAGUAUUAAGUGGAAACGGAACAGUGUGGUUGUUCCCUAGAGCGUUCUCUUUCAGGAGAUCACCACAGGAGGGCAGUAUCUCCUCUUUCUGCUUUUAGUCCUGACGGGAGUUCCUGUAGCAACAGUUCUCCCCUCUCUCGGAACAGAUUUACGGUUGUCUUUGGUAUGUUAGGAUAGACUGCUCUACGGCAUCAUUCUGAAAGGCUUGCUUUAUGCAUGCAUCCCCUAUCUGUAAUACUCAGAUGACAUCUCAUCUGUUCAUGGGGAAAGCGUCCUCUGUCUACAAAAUACUUUCUAGACCUAGCACUUGCAGUAUUCUCCAGGGAACAGCCGGACACUUUCACUUCCUUUUGGAAUAACUGUUGAACGUCUCCUAAUUUCCCUGCUACAAUUUUCGUCAGCUAAAACCCCCCUAGUUAGUUUUAACUUCAGAAUUAAUCCUUCCUGAAGGACGGAUCAAGUGGACUCUGGGUCCUGGUCAGUGGGGUGUAAUAUUUGGUUUCUUGGAGAUCAGCUGGGUGGUGUUAGUUCUUGACCUCCAAUGUAAGUUCUCCUUGUGGCCAAAGUUUUGGUCCUUGCCACAAGAAAGGAAAGCAGAAUGAAUUUUCUUUCUGAGAAGUGAACUCAUCUCUCUUAGUUAGGUUUUCAGGGAGGUUGGCGGGGGUGUUGUUUGUUUUCUUUUACUAUGUUUCAGACUGCUGUGCUAUACUUUCUUGAUUUACCUUGGGCACUGAUAGGGCUAGCUGUGAUCCUGGGGAAUGUACAGGAAUUUCAUCCUGAGGUUCCAACCUCUCAAGGGAGAGGUAAAAGGGUUUUGUUCCACUAUUUCAGUAGGCACAUCUAGGCACACUCCAGCUCAAGAAGGUCAUUUUGAUUCAGCUCACUCAUCAGCAGGUCAUGCCAUGCAUUGGAAAUUUUGUGGCCAAAAGUGUACGUGGGACUGGCAUCAGUUGAGCAAUUUUUUAGCUUUAUGGGAUUUUCAUUCUUCAGUAAAGUGCAAUGCAUAAUGAGACCUCCUAAAAGCAUGGUUGGCAAAGGAGCAAGGAGAUGCAGUCUGACACUUGCUAGGACAUAUCUUUAUAUAUUUCCAGAUAGUACUUAAGCUAAAUCAUGUAGUCAUACUAUCUCCUGUGGUCCUCAGAUUUAUUUCAGAACUGGAAGCCAGAGUGAGGGAGCAUCCUGGGGACCCAGGAGCAUAAUAGGGAUGGUUUUUUUUUUUUUCCUUCUGGUCUUGUCUUGUUUAAUUGUGUGACUCUUAAGACAGUGAUGAUAUUCCUUUGUUAUGCAAUGGAUGAUAAUGUACUUCCAGUGUGUGGAUAAGUAAGACUGCUAGUGCUGCAAGAGGGCUCCUCAAGCUGGAGCUAAGCCGAUCUCAAGAAUUAGGUUAAUUUUAAGCACUAAGUUGUUGCUGCCACUGUUUAUAAUGAAAGUGGAACCAGUUUGAGGAAGCAUAGCGAUUUAGGUGGUGGUAUUUUGUGACACACUGAGAGCAUUUUAAUUUUUAUCUUUCUCUUUUUUUUAACUAGAAGAAAACUAGUUUGCUAAGUCUUUGCUUUGGAUAAGCCAGAAAAUGAAUUAAGGGGAUAUAGGCAUUGCAUAGAAACAUGAUUAAAGGAUCUUCCUUUAAAAGCAGGAAGAGACAGAUGCUUAUUUUAUACAGAGCUGGAAGCGUUACAGCUGUGUUGCGUAAAUGUUACUCUUCUAUCUAAAGACUCCAAGCAGCUUCUGAUGACUUGAUGUCUAUGUGGAUAACAGAUCAUCAGAAGAGCAAAAUUCUAUUUUUAAGCAUCAGCAUCUCUUAAAGCUGCAUAAUCUGUGACAAAAUAGAUUCUUGUUGUGUGGAGUUCAAAUGGGCAUUACUGUUUUCAGGUCUGACAUAAAGGCAUACAGUUACAGUUUUUCACCAAUUAUUGCAGCCUACUUUGAGACAUCAGUUUCCCUACUUAAAACUGGACUGAAAUCAAUUCAGGUUUUCUUUAAAAGGAUAACAAAGAAAAAAAAAAAAAAGGUGCAUUUCCAUUCACUUUAAAGCUUUUUUGAUCUAGCCCAACAUGUUAGAAAUGUCUUUUUAGAAACAGAGCAAGAAGGGAAAAAUGUGCUAAGCUGCCUUCUCUUAACAUUUAAAAACCCACUCUUGGUUACCUGCUGCAUGUAUGUGAAGUCCUGGAGUCAGACAGCUCUUGGGACUCAGCCACUGGCGACAAGGCAUCAUGCUGUGGGCCUGCCAGCCCAUUGAGCAUAAGCACUAGUAGUAAACUUGAUAGGCAUUCCUCGGAGAGGAUGUGUGAAAGUGUGCUGUAGUUUGGGUUUUUUUAUGUUCCUCACUAAAAGGAGGGAGAAAAUUAUCUUUUUUUGUCCAUUGAAAACCACGUUGUUGGUGUUGGAGCUUCCUGGAUAUUUUGAAACUAAACUAAACCUCCUAUACUGUAUUUUAGAAAUGCACUUUAAGUACCUUUUUAAAGAAGAUUCCUAUAUUCUGGGAUGCAGAAGGGAAGGGAAUAUUAUUCCCAGACCACUGAGAAAGGGUGGGUCUUUUCGGUCAGUGUCUAAUAGUCCUUAUUACUGAUUAGCAAGGUAUUUCAAAGCAAAGACUUUACUUUUUGCUGCUUGUUAUCUAAUUUACAGGGAUUUAAUUUUAUGUAAUGUAUUGUAUAUUUAUACAUCUGUAAUUAAUUGCACAUUAGAUAAGAAAGAGGAUUAGCUUUGGUAUAACACCCAUGGUACUAUACAAUCAACUAAUACUGCCUAUGCAUAUGCAUCUUUCUGGUACUCUUGCACAGCCUUAGUUUGUGUUAGUUCAUACUGUGGUGGGUGUUUUUGUUGAAGGUGCAGCUGUUAACCUGCUGCUCAAAGGAAGGAUGCUAAUGCUGCUCUGGAACGGUUUGCUGAAUGUACUUUAAAAUGGGUCUCUAACAUGUGUGCGUUGCAUCUCUCCAUUGUGGUUAAUAACCCCAAUAUGUGGUCUGAACUGUACUGUAUGUAGCAGGAAUGUAUUAAUUUUGUGCUUCCUUGUUUAAAAACAUCAGCUGUUCAAGAACAGGAUUGACUUUUUUUGUUCAGAAGGCCAUUUAUGCGUUCUAAGUUUUUGAAAUCAAAACUAGUCCAACACUAACCAGAUGGUUGUGUCCAAUGUUAUUUGGAACAGUUUUUAAAUUAACAGGAUCAGCUGUGUAUUCAGAAAACUGAGGGUAUGGAGGUCAUAAGUCUUUAAUUCUUAAUGUUGCCAAGUUAAUGGCCUGAUCCUGAGCAGUACUGAACUACCUCUUGCUUGCCUUCAAACCAGGGACUAAGAAGCAGAGGGAGUCUUGAAUGAUCAGCACUUCCCAGGAUCAGUUCUUAAUUUUCCACUCUGCUUGUUCAUACUUCAUGUGCAGUUGAUUAAGGUUCUUGAAUUUGGACAUUAGACAUGCUCUUGCACUGAAAUGCAUACUUUUUUGGAAUUGCAGUCCCGAUUUCCCUGUUUAAUCUCUCUGUACACAAGGUAUACAAGGUAUAUGCUGUAUAAGUGGCCUUCUUGAACAAAUCUCUUUGCAAACUGAUUUCAUCCCCAUGAAGGAGUGUAUCAGCAACACUGUACAUUAAUUUCAGGUUUUCAUUUUCUUAUUUUAUUUUGUAAAUAUAUCCGGUAUUUGGAGCUUGAGUAUACAAAAUGUAAAUAUAGUUCAUGUAUUUGUACUAAUUCUGAUCCAUUUGCUGUAUAGCCUUAGGUGUGCAAUGCAGAUAUCUAACUGUGUAUGGUAACCUUGCACCACUGAAUUGUUAGUGAACGAGGUGAAACAAUAAAGGUACAACCAGUGCAUUAGCAGAUAUAAUGUGUGCUCCUUUUAUUAUGAUUUAAUUACUAGUAUCUUAUGUUGAUUACUUGUUUUCAAAACCUGUCCUGAACAAGCUUAUGCUUUUGUGAAAAUAAAUUUCUUGGCUGUU